CGAGCGCAGACGCGAGCGCCCGCAAUGCUUCCAGCCACCCACCAAGGCCACUGCUGCCCAGUGCUUUUGUGCACCCGCUGCCCUGGCCUGGCGAAUGCUGAUGGCAUCCUGUGGUCCUCGUCCGUAGGCGGCGGAAAUACAGUCAGGGCGCUGAGGAAGGACGACGAGCAGCUGUUCCUGCUCACAUUUCCGCUGCCGCACAUUCGGCCCCGCAGCGGCGAUCAUGGCAGGAGUGGCGGCUCCGAGGGUGUUGGACAACUUCAGGGAAGCGGUCGGGGCCAGGAAAAACUCCAUUGAGGCCACCACGAGGCUCAGGGCGGAGCGCUACGCAGCCGCAGACAGCCACGUGAAGUCACUGGAAGAGGAGGAACAGCACGAGGCCUUGCAGAGGUUCCAGGAGUUCGAAAAUGAGUUGGUGCGUGGGUCCAGGAGGAGAUGGACAACGGCGGACUUCGAGCAGCUGCAGGUGCUCGGCAAGGGCGGGUUCGGCACUGUGCAUCUGGUCCGGUCCCGCGAGUCGCAGAAGCUCAUGGCCUUGAAGCAAAUGAAGAAGGAUAAUUACAAGAGGAAGAACCACCGCAACGCCAGAGAGGUCGUGCAAGGCGCAUACACCGAAAGGGACGUACAGCUAGAGGCCAGGAACGAGUGGAUCGUGGAACUGUUCGGAACGUUCCAGGACCGCGACUACGUGUACAUGGUCAUGGAGUUCGUCCAGGGUGGGGACCUAUGGGGCCAUCUGAAAAGGAGGAGUGGGCCUGGCGACGACGAGUACGGGCGCUUCACCCACGACGAGGUAGUCUUCUACACCGCGGAACUGCUCGAGGCGCUGGACACCGUACACAAGUCCGGGUUCGUCCAUCGCGACAUCAAGUCGGAGAACAUCGUGCUAUCACGGGAAGGGCAUCUGAAGUUGCUCGAUUUUGGCCUUUGUGUCGGCCAGGCGAGCAAGAAGAGAGACCUCUGCGGUUCCCCACCGUACUUGGCUGCCGAGAUUUUCUUCGACGGUGCAGCAGCGUUUAGUCCGGCCAGCGACCUCUGGGCGUUGGGAGUCGUGGCUUUCGAGUGCCUCUACGGUCGCACUCUCUGGCAUGCGGGGGAUCUCCAGGGCGAGGAAGCUUUCAAGUGGCUGAAGGAGAACGUCAUGGGAAAGUACGAGCGCGUCCUGGACACGAACUUGAGAAGGGCCCAGCAGAAGGGCCUGCUCACCAACGAGAUGAGACGCAUCUUCGAGAGGCUGAUCUGCCCCCGCGGCAAGCGCCUGCGGGCCGACGCCCUACGCAGGGAACCCCUCUUCAAGGGCCUCGACUUCGGCGCGCUCCACGAGCUCGAGCCCCCGAUCAGGCCCAGCCUGUCCGGCCCGUGCGACACGUCCAUGUUCCCGAGAUACCCCCGCCAGGCGUUGCCUUCGCCACACGCUGGCCCUGGCGUGGACCCCGCACUGGAC